AUGUUGGCACGGCGCGCUGUCGCAACGAGUGUCUGCUUGUCGCGCCUUGGACGCGUUGCACUUUUGCACACAGCAGCGACCAGAGCGCCGGCGCAAGAGCCUUUAUUACCUCAAAAGACUAAAUCAAAGAUCAAGAUUGAUGGACAGGUCGAUCCCAACCUAGUCGAACCUGUUCUCAAAUGGCUCCUGGACGAUACUGCAAAAACCCCAUUCAUUCCUGUCCAAGCUAAAUUCGAGUCAAAGGUGCCGACUUGGCUUGAACUAAAGCCGUUUUGCGGAGAGUUUGACAAGGAGGAACCGACAGUGGUUCAUCUGGACCCUUCUGUCUUCAACCAUCCGAUACGUCGCGAUAUACUCCACGCUUGUAUCGUUUGGUAUCGCGACAGUCUGCGACGAGGGACAGCGAGCACCAAGUCACGAUCAGAGGUUGCCUACUCAAAGCGCAAGAUACGACCUCAAAAAGGAAGCGGGCGAGCACGUUUGGGAAGCAGGGGAAGUCCUAUGCUCCGUGGAGGUGGUCGCGCAUUUGGACCAAAACCCCGUGAUUUCUCGACCGAACUCCCCAGGAAGAUUAGAAAUAUGGGUCUCAGAGUUGCACUUAGCACCAAGCUACGUGAACGCAAGCUUAUUGUGGUGCCCAGUGUGGAUUUGGAGGAGGGCAAAACGCGCGUCGCUCUCUCGCGGCUGCGUAAACUGUCAGAGAAGAUUGAAAAGGGUUGUCUACUCAUCAACGGCCCAAGUGGUGUCCCACCGUUGCUCGAACGGGCGACAAACAACUUGCAGUGGGUAGCCUGCAAAGGCGCGGACAAGGUCCAAGUCUGGGAUAUCCUCCGUCAUCAUCAUACCAUUCUUUCGCUCGAGGCUCUCCAGUGGUUCCAGGAAAAUCUCGGUCAGGCUUCCAGACGUCCGGAGUUGACAGUGGGAGAUUCACCCAAUCGCUUGAGAAGACCUAACCAGUCUUCUGACGCCAAGAAUGCUUCCCAUACGGAAGAGAAAGCUUGA